AAAGUAUAUUGUAUAAUUUUUUUUUCUUGUUUUCUUAUAGAUAAACUUGUAUACGAAAUUGAAAUAUAUUAUCUGUAAUUUGUAUUGAGAUGGUGAGGGAGAUGGCGGCGAGAAAAUGUUCUCAUUGUGGGCUGAACGGCCAUAAUUCUAGGACUUGUAGCGGCGGCAAAACGGGCGGCUGUUUGAAGUUGUUUGGUGUAAAAAUAAAUGAACAAACGCCGAUUAAAAAAAGUGUUAGCUUGGGUAAUUUAGGCUGUUUACGUGAUGAUAAUGAUCAUCAUGAUGAUGAUGUGGACGAUGGCUAUGUAUCGGAUUCUUAUAUCGGUUCCAAGAAAUAUAAGGCUGCCCAUGAACGCAAAAAAGGAACGCCGUGGAGUGAAGAAGAGCAUAGAAUAUUUCUGGAGGGUUUGCAUAAGCUUGGAAAAGGUGACUGGAGAGGGAUUUCGAAGAAUUUUGUGACGAGCAGGACCCCGACUCAGGUUGCGAGUCAUGCACAGAAGUUUUUUCUGAGGCACGCUGCAACUGAUAAGAAGAAACGUAGGACAAGUCUCUUUGAUAUGAAUUUAAUUGAAUCUGUUCCUGCAUCACAUCCAAAAGAAGUUCCCAUUUUACCUGCUAACAAAUCAGCUUUGCUGUUGAAGAAGCCUGCUGAAAUCCCAUCAAAUGCUACUACUACCCCAGAUCAGGUUGUUAGCAGGUUCCCUCGUCUCUGCUUGGAUAAUCCAACUCCAAAAGCUAAUCAUUCAUAUACACCUGGUGUUCCCGUUCCAAGCUAUGCCGGAAUGCCAUAUAUGGUUGGAUUUUCUGGCAGCAAACAAAGCUAUUGGGCUGCUAAAUCAAUACCAACUGCAUCAUAUUUGCAUAUGGUAAACUAUAAUUAUCCAACUGUAGUCUACCCUUUUACAUCUGGAAAUUUCUCGACUUGCGCUCCAAUUACUGCCCACCCUUCUGGUAUUCCUACACCGAGAUCAUUUCCGGUAAACUAUUCGCAAGGCGGUUCAUCUUCAACAUCAACUACUAGAAAUGAAGAUCCUUUGGAACUGAAAAUUUCAUUGUCUUGUCAAUCCCCUCGAGACCAUACCAGGCUCCAAGGCUUAUUAGUGUGAUUUGAGACUAUAUUGGUUGUUAGCAAUGUGAGUGUUUUGAGAUGUAGCAUUUUUGAGUAUAAUUUAAUUGUUUCGCAUUAAUCAAAUUUUGAUUUCCAUUAA